AAGAGAUGCUGAAAAAGUACUUACAGUCCAAGGACAAUGUGGCUGAAACUCUUCUACAGGCAGAUCAGUCACUCACGGAAGCAGCAAAGGAGGUUGAAGCGGAGCGGAUAAAGGCUGAAGCUGCUGAAGCUGCAAAUAGAGAGUUAGAAGAAAGGCAAAAGGAAUAUGAGCUGAUGAUGGAGCAGAAAGAAAGGAGUUACCAGGAGCAUGUGAGACAGCUGACGGAGAAGAUGCAGCAGGACCAGGAACAGUUAUUAGCAGAACAGGAAAGAAUCAUAGCCCUUAAACUUCAGAGGCUUCCUAAUGAAUAAUGAAAGUCCCUCGCCGUCGACAUACUCAAGCGCAUGGAUUAAAUAGCUGAAUUGCAGUACUCUUCAUUCUUCUGCAAUGGUGCUGAGUUCUCCAUGGUGGGCCAGACUAUCCUGUGAGGACCGCAGACCCCAGCUGCUUCAAUAUAUUUCUGUCAAAAUUUUGGGCAUGUUUCUAAUUCCUUGAUUGAACCCUUGUCUUGAUUGUAGAUCAAGUAGUAGCCUUCCAUUUUCUUUGAGCCCAUCUUUAUCACCUUCAUACAUGUGUUUGAGAGGCCACACCACACAGCUCAGAGAUGAGGCAAGAAACCAAAGGCAAACUGGUGCUGAUUUUA